UUGGAGGAAAAGAAAGAAGAUGAAGAGAUAAAACUGGGUUUGGGAGCCGAUGGAGCAAAUGAAGAUAGCUUACCAGCAGCGGCCAACCAGAGUUUGAAGUUUCUGGCUCAAAACCCAUCCACGACGGUUGUCUCCGUUGAAGUUUUCCGGCGCCGGUAUCCUGCUGUUUCCAGUUCAAUAUCACACAAAUCUGUCUGUCUCAAUCCCUCUCCGUCAGUAGUAGAAGAGAUCAUUUUACUUAUAUCGCCACCCAUCUAUAUUUAGUUGAAUUGCAUCAUCUCAACGAUUCUCCCCUUAUAUGGAGGUUUCUUUGAAGAUAGCAUCAUGUGUCAUUUUUGACUUGGAUGAUACUCUUUUGAAUACAGAUGGCAUUGUGACUGAAGUUUUAAAGGUUUACUUGGCUAAGUAUGGGAAGAAUUGGGAUGGGAGAGGAGCUCUUAAAGUUGUAGGAAAGACACCUUUGGAAGCUGCAGCCGCCAUUGUUGAGGAUUAUCAACUUCCUUUAUCCACUGAUGAAUUUGUUUCAGAAAUUAGCCCAAUGUUCCCUCAACAAUGGAAAAAUAUCAAAGCUCUUCCAGGUGCAGAUCGGUUAAUCAAACAUUUAAGGGGUAACAAUGUGAAAAUGGCAUUGGCAUCAAACUCCCCAAGGGCUGACAUUGAAAAUAAGAUCUCCAGACAUCAUGGAUGGAAAGAAUCGUUUUCUACCAUUAUUGGUGGUGAUGAAGUUGCAUCUGGAAAGCCAUCACCUGAAAUGUUCACUGAAGCAGCUAAAAGACUGAAUUUUGAUCCUUCAAAGUGCCUCGUAAUUGAAGAUUCAAUACCAGGUGUAACUGCUGGUAAAGCUGCUGGAAUGAACGUGGUUGCUGUUCCAUCUCUUCCAAAGCAGACCAAUCUUUUCACUGCAGCAGAUGAAGUGAUCAAUUCUCUUCUAGACUUGCAUCCUGAGAAGUGGGGUCUACCUCCUUUUGAAGAUUGGGUUGAAGCCACUCUGCCAUUAGAACCUUGGCAUAUAUAUGGUCCUGUUAUUAAAGGAUAUGGUCGUGGCUCAAAGGUUCUUGGAAUUCCUACAGCUAAUUUGUCGACAGAGGGCUUCUCUGACGUGCUGUCAGAGCAUCCCUCGGGUGUAUACUUUGGUUGGGCUGGAUUGUCGGGGCGAGGAAUUUACAAGAUGGUGAUGAGUAUCGGCUGGAACCCUUAUUUUAACAAUUCUGAAAAGACAAUUGAGCCAUGGUUGCUUCAUGAAUUCAACGAGGAUUUCUAUGGCGAGGAAUUAAGACUUGUGAUUGUCGGUUAUAUACGACCAGAGGCCAAUUUCCCAUCACUUGAGAGCCUGAUUGAGAAAAUUCAUGAAGAUGGGAGAAUUGCAGAUAGAGCCCUAGGACUUCCAUUGUACUCCAAAUACAAGGAAGAUCCAUUUUUUUAUGUUACUUGAUAAUGAUCAGCUAUAAUAUCAUAAUUGUGAUGUUAUUGAUUGCUUUAGUUCCUAACUGGAAACUGAGAAGAAGCAAUCUUUCAUGUGAAUAACACACCAAAUCCUUCAUUUUAUUAAUAUACCCAGAAUUAACGAUAAUA